CUUUUCGUUCUACGACAUAACUUUUUUCUUUCGUUUUGUACCUUUACUCUCCUUGCAGGAUGAUACACUCGUUUUUGGCUCUCGCUCCGUUCGUGAUCGCUGCCGUCAGCGCUGCAAAUGACUGGUCACAACCGUGUACGAAUGGGGAGUGCUAUUAUGAUGUCAACGGCACCGUAGGCCAGGCGUCCGGUACGAUGAAAGUGUGGGGACCUACGCAAAUGCUGUCGGAUAUUACCUCCGCUGCUGGCUGGCAGAUUUUGAGUUGCGAUCAAAAUGCCUCGGCUCAGGACAUCAGACUCGUGUGCAUGAACGAGACCGCAGGGUGCUCUCACGUUUACCAGAACGGUGCCGAGAACACGUUAGUUAGACUCCCCGAGAAUUGCGGUGUAAGCCCGUUCGCCCGUGUCGCAAAGGCAUGGGUGUCUACGAACCAGUCCAUGCCCGACUCCUUGAAAGCGAAGCUCACGCGACGUGAUGGCACCGUCCCUCAAGUCAUGGGGAUGUCCCUGGACACCAGCUGGCACAGCAUGGAUGCAUCCCAAGGAAACAUUUCCAUUGUGAUUCAGGGUGCGUCAGUCCCAGGGCAAACAGGGCCCAUUGAUACGUCCGGUGUAAGUCUCUCGCGUCGCAGCCGGCUCGCGGAACGUGGUCUCGGAUCGAUAAUCGGUGAUGGGGCGAAGAAGUUUAACUCCUUCAACAAAAGUCUCGACAAAACAAUACCGCCGAUCAAUGUCAACAAGGAUUUCAACUUAGGCUCGUCGUCCGUGUCCUGCAAGGGAUUCGACGCGACCUUCGCCGCGGACAUCGACACCAGCUUCAACGCCGACGUGACCUACGGCGUAGUGGCCGCAGGCACGAUUAUCCCGCCAAAGAUCUCUUCCUUCAUGCUGUUCGCCAAUUUCGACGCGGACAUCGACGGUAAACUCAACCUCCAAGCGUCUGCAUCGGGCAUCCUUGAUACCGGCAAAGUCGAACUCUUCUCCGUCGGAAUCCCCGGACUCGAUAUUCCCAAGAUUUUUACUCUCGGCCCCUCUUUCGAGAUUGACGGCCAGAUCACCACCAACGCGGAGAUCGACGUGGACAUGACGGUCGACCUUGCGUACAAGGUUACCGACGCGAAACUGUUCUUCCCUAAAGCCGCCGGUGGUACGCAGAAUGGCGGGACUUUUGCCCCUCAGGAUUCCCCGCUGAAGCUGUCGGUCAGCCCUAACGUCCAGGCCGAUGUCUCAAUCACCGCGCAUCUGAUUCCCUCGCUCGACUUCGGCAUCCAAGCUCUCGGUAACACCGUCUCCGCGAAGGUGUUCCUCGACCUUGAUGCGUCCGCGACGCUGGACCUCCAGCUGAACGCUCAGGGCAACGUGACCGUCACUGGAUCCGGGAAGAACUCGACCGCGACGACUACGGCCAAGAGCUCUACCGCUACCGCUACUUCGUCUGGCUCUGCGAAGAACGCGACUGCAACUGCGACUUCGACGGCCGGGAAGAACGAGACUGAGACUGCCACCAGUACUGGCAGGAGUAUCGAGACUGGCAGCAUGACGUCGGCUAAUGGGACGGCUACAUCGGUGUCGAUGAGCAAGGAGACUGGCAGCAUGGUGUUGGCUAACGCGACCGCGUCUUCGACAUCAAUGAGCACGGCGACUGCCAGCACGAACGGCACAGCAUCGUCAACGUUGAUGAGCAAGGAGACUGCCAGCAUGAAGUCGGCGAACGCCACCGCUUCUUCGACGACAAUGAGCAAGGAAACCGCGAGUGUGUCCUCGUCGAAGAACGCGACCGAGAGCUCUACGUCUAUGAGCGGCUCCGCGAGCAAGAGCGCCGCUGCGUCUUCCUCUAUGGCCAAGAGCACUGCGAUGACCACUUCAACAACUGCAAACAGCACCGCGAGCUCCGGCGUCUCCGUUGUCGACGUCACCGUCACCGCGACGUCGGAUGCCAGUAUUGCAACGGAAACUCCCGCCGUGGUGGAAGCCCGGGAACUCGUGCCCAGAGCCGAUACUACCGCGAGCGGCAGCGUUGACGGUUGCAUUACGAUCGACGCAGGACUGUCAGUCAACGCAGGUGCUCAAGGAUCUUUCUUCGAUAUCUUCAACGACGCCACGCAGGUGACGCUGUUCCAGAAGGAUUUCGAGCUAUUCCAGAAAUGCUUCGGCACGGCCACCCCAACCCGGAGAAGGUCCGUUGGCGCUAUCGUUCCAUUCGGUCGAAGACUGGAUCGCUCGCGUCGGGCUGCCGCUGUUUCGCCUGUCCGCCGGCAGUCGUCUGUUUUGGCCAAGCGGUUAACCAUUACUUGCCCGGCGUCCGCGCCACCGAAAGCUGCCUCUGUAGCCGACGAGACAGUCAAAGGAUCCACUGAGAAGACUGCUACUAAAGCUGCUACUAAGGCUACUAAGCCGUGAACAUGCAUCCGUGGUCCUCGAUUUCUUCGUUAUUUAAGUAAUUUAUUGCGUAUCGACAGA